ACUAAAGUCUCUUGUUGGCUUGGGGAUGAGCAGAAAUAAUCUCAAUGGUCUGAUCCCUGCAUCAAUAUGUAACCUUAGCAACCUAAAUACUAUGUACAUUUAUGAAAAUCAGUUGUCUGAUAAUAUUCCUUUAGAAAUCGGAAAGCUAAAGUCUCUUGUUGACUUGCAAAUGGGCAUAAACAAUCUCAGUGGUCCAAUUCCAGCUUCUAUUUGUAAUCUUGGGCAACUAACCACUUUAGAUCUUUCUGACAAUAAACUCUCCGGAAAUAUUCCACUCAAACUUGGAAGACUAAAAUCUCUUACAAGCUUAUAUUUGUACACAAAUUAUCUCAUUGGUCAAGUUUUUGUUUCUCUAUGCAAUUUGACUAAUCUAAGAAAUCUGAGCAUUUCCGAAAAUCAUUUCUCUGGUAUCAUUCCCCCAGAUAUUGGAAGGCUACAGUCUCUUACUGAAUUAGAGAUAUCAACAAAUAGUUUCCAUGGUCGAAUCCCUAUUUCUUUAGGUAAUUUGAGCAACUUGAACUCUCUGAUCCUUGUUGGAAAUCAACUUUCUGGUCCAAUUCCUCGAAAAAUCGGAUGGUUAAGAUUUCUUACUCGGUUAAUACUGAGCGCAAACAAUCUAACCGGUUCAAUUCCAACUUCUUUAUGUAAUUUAAGAAACCUAAACACCUUGUACCUUUAUGAAAAUCAACUUUCCGGUUCAAUUCCAGAAGAAAUCGGGAAACUAAAUUCUCUCAUGGAUAUUGAAUUGUCGAUAAACUAUCUGACUGGUCCAAUCCCUUCUUCAAUAUGCAAUCUUAGCAAACUCAACAUUUUGUACCUUCACAAGAAUCAAUUAACUGGUGCCAUUCCUCUUGGCAUUGCAAGGCUAGGCUCUCUUUCCGACUUUCGAAUACAGAAAAACAAUCUCAUUGGUCCGAUCCCUUCUUGUUUAUGUAAUUCAACAGUUGGAAUGUUACAGCAUCUGUAUCUAUUUGAGAAUCAGCUUACUGGACCAAUACCCAAACAACUUGGAGAAUGUUCAAAUCUACUCGAACUGGAUUUGAGUAGAAACAGUUUGAACGGAAGCAUUCCACUUGAGAUUGGAGGCUUGAUUUCAAUACAGAUCAAACUGGAUCUUAGUCAAAAUGAGUUGACUGGAGAAAUACCGUCAGACUUCGGAAAACUAAACAAACUGGAGAAACUGAAUCUGUCCCACAACAAACUUUCGGGUUCAAUCCCACCUUCAUUUGUUGAAAUGCUUAGCUUGACCACAGUCGAUAUUUCGUACAAUCAGUUAAGUGGUCCUAUUCCAAACAUCAAGGCCUUUAAGGAUGCUCCCUUUCAUGCAUUGAAGAACAACAGUGGUUUAUGUGGUAAUCACUCUGGAGGUAUUAAGCCAUGUAACUCGUCAGUUAUCAUCGGAAGAAAGAAAGCCAAACCAAGACUUGCUGUGAUAAUUUUAGUUCCUCUGUUUGGUUCGUAGUUUCUUUUGUUCACAUUUUUCGCUAUCUAUUUUUGCUUGCGAAAAAGACUAGUUGUAAAAAAUCUCGAGCAGGCAGAUCAACCAACAACUGUAAACACAAGAAGAAACAUAUUCUCGGUAGAGAAUUAUGAUGGGAAGCUGGUGUUUGAAGAAAUAAUUGAAGCAACGGAAAACUUUGAUACCAAAUAUUGCAUUGGGGCGGGAGGAUAUGGGAGCGUUUACAAGGCGAAGCUAUCGACGGGUCAGGUUGUUGCUGUGAAGAAGCUUCACUCGUCAGAUGAAGAUCCCAACAUAAUUGAUCUUAAAUCUUUCGAAAGGGAAGUUCAAGCAUUGACCGAAAUCCGGCAUAAAAACAUUGUAAAGCUCUUUGGUUUCUGCUCCAGUGUAGAGCGGAAUAUCUCAUUCUUGAUUUAUGAGUUUGUUGAGAGAGGGAGUUUAAAAAGGAUUUUAUGCGACGGGGAACAAGCGGUAGAGUUUGAUUGGAUAAAGCGGAUAGGAUUCAUCAAGGGAACAGCUGACGCACUUGCUUACAUGCACCAUGAUUGCAUUCCAGCAGUAGUUCAUAGGGACAUAUCUAGCAACAAUGUCUUGCUGGAUUUCGAAUAUGAAGUUCGUGUUUCUGAUUUUGGUACUGCGAGGAUUUUGAAGCCAGAUUCAUCCAAUUGGACAUCACUUGCAGGAACAUAUGGAUAUAUUGCUCCAGAGCUGGCCUAUACAAUGAAGGUGACCGAGAAGUGUGAUGUUUAUAGCUUUGGAGUACUUGUGCUAGAAGUACUACACGGUAGGCACCCAUCUGAGAUUAUCACAUUACUCUCUCCUGAGCUCCUUCCAACAUCAUCUUCAACUUCCACUUCCAGUGUUCCGGUGAAAAUUAUAAUGCUGAAAGACAUCUUAGACGAGUGCCUUGAAGCACCAACGGAUGUCAUGAAGAAAGAGAUAAUGUACUUCAUGAAAGUUGGUCUCUCAUGCUUACGUGGUGAUCCACGUACUCGGCCAACAAUGCAAGAAGUAUCCGUGGAGUUAUCACGACCAGCUCAGAUCAGGCCCUCUUUUGAGAAGCCCUUUGAAGCUGUUACAUUGGGAGACCUACUGAUGGGAGAUUCGAAAGAAUGAUGUGCGACUAAAUCGUCUUUCGGUCAAAAUCCUUUGAAACUGUUACUUGUUUGUUCUUUAAAAAUUCAGCUAAGGAUAUUGCAUUACUUUCGAUCAAAAUCCUUUAAGUUCUUGUUUCAAAUAUUGUAUAAGAACUAUUUCGUGCCAAAGUAGUAUUAGAUUCAAA